AUGUACAGUAUUAAAAUUAAACGGACCGGAAAAGCUGCUAGAGAGAGCUCCUCUCAUCAACCAAUAGGGGCUGCAGACUUUACUACAGAUGAAUAUUUUAACAAACAUUAUUUCAGUUUCAUUACGAUACUACCAACAAUCAUGUACCGUUUUAUGGCACCUGACAUAACUAUCUAUGUAAUGUCUUUAAAUAACAGAUUUCGUGCUUUUCUAUCUCAUCGAGAACUUCUUGCACAGUACAGUGGUUAUUUUAAAUCAUUACAAAAUUGUGAGACAAAUAAAGUAUUUCUUCCUAACAUUACUGAUGAUACUUUUUCAAUAAUAUUAUCAUAUAUUUAUACAGGAGUACUUAAAAUAAAUAAUGAUAACAUUCAUUCUGUUCUAUUAGCAACACACACUCUUCAUAUGCCACAAGCAUCACACAUGUGUCGACAAUUUUUAAUAACUCAAGAUCAAAAUAUAAUAAAACCCAUCGCCAAACUACCAUCAUUCAUAGAUGCAUCAGUAAUACAACAGCCAAAUGAAAAUAGAACACUAAAAAUAUCAGAAGAAUCUAAUUUCAAGCCACCGAUUCGCAAAGAAAAUAUAAUUUUAGAUAUAGCAAGUUGUGAUGGACCAGUUCAGUUUUAUAGAGUUCUUAAUGAAAACUAUAAAGGUGAUGAAAAGAGAUCAACACUAAAACAAUCAUAUAACUGUGAAUAUUGUAAUCAUCCAUUUAAAAGUAAGUACUGUUAUGAAAAGCAUAUUAAUAGACAUUUAAAUAUAAAUUCAAUUGAUAACAAAUUGGAUAAAAAAAAAAAUCCUUCAAUUCAAUAUUACCCAUGCAGACAAUGUGGAUCAAAAUUUCCAAGUUAUUAUUUUGUUCACAAACAUAAAAAAUAUUGUAAGAUAAGUAAAUUCUAACUAUUUUGUUUUUUUAAAAGAAUCUAUUGUAUUGUAUGUUAUUGUAUUAACUUAAAGUAAAAACA